CUAAAAAAAAGUCAUUUCGAAAGUGUCGUGUGGCAUUGGUGUAUCUUCAUGUUGAAUUAUCGCAAAACUUUGUAAUUCUAUUGAAUAGUUACAAUGUCGGAGCAUGUGCUACCGGCUGAAGAGCCGAUAAGAUUCGUAGCUCCGAUUAUUCAAGAUAAUCCAACAGGAUGGGGCCCAGCCGAAAUGCCGGAGCAGUUUCGGGACAUGCCUUACCAACCUUUUAGUAAAGGUGAUCGUUUAGGAAAAAUUAGUGAUUGGACCGUCGUACAGGACAAAAAAUACCAAAACAAGUAUGCAUCUCAGUUCGGCGCUGGUUCGUCGUACGCGUACUUCCAUGAUGAGGACGAGAGCACUUUCCACCUGGUGGACACUACGAGGGUGCAGAAGCCUCCAUACCAGCGCGGCCGUGCUCGUGGCCAGAGGGGCCGCGGCGCUAGGGGUGCCCGCACACCUGGUGGCAUGACUACCCUCAACAAGGGCAACUACAUGAGAAAUCAACGGGAUCGUAAGCUUGGCAAGAGGUGGGGCCAGAGAGGUGCUCCUAUGAAGAUCCGUGAUGCAUCGGUGACUGUGCGACCUACCUGGGUCACUAUUGAGGACAUGGACUUCCCCCGUCUUGCUAAAUUGUCUUUGCCUGGUAUUAAAGAAGGUGAAGACAUUGUUUGCUGUGGUACACUGGAGUACUAUGACAAAAGCUAUGAUCGUGUCAAUGUGAAACACGAGAAGGCAUUGCAGCGUAUUGACCGUAUCUUCCAUACGGUGACUACUACUGAUGACCCCGUAAUCCGACGGCUCAGUAAGACCGUGGGAACCGUGUACGCCACGGACGCCAUCCUGGCCACCAUCAUGUGCUGCACCCGCUCCAACUACUCCUGGGAUAUUGUUAUUGAAAAGAUUGGUGACAAGCUGUUCUUUGACAAGCGUGACAACACUGAGCUGGACUUGUUGACCGUGAACGAAACCUCCGUGGAGCCUCCCACUGACGAUGGUAACUCCAUCAACUCGCCGCGCAACCUCGCGCUUGAAGCUACCUUCAUUAACCAUAACUUCAGCCAACAGGUAUUGAAGAGCGGCCCCAACGAACCCAAGUACAAGUUCCCUGAAGCGAAUCCGUUCGUGUCUGAGGAAGAGGAAAGUGAGGUGGCGUCUGUCGGGUACCGCUACCGCAAGUGGAACCUUAACAAUGGAGUGACACUAGUAGUCCGAUGCGAGCACGAUGCUGUAAUGCAAGGCCCACAAAACGAGACCCAGUUCUUGAGCAUCAAGGCCUUGAACGACUGGGACUCCAAGCUGGCCAACGGAGUGGACUGGCGUCAGAAACUGGACACCCAACGUGGUGCGGUGCUCGCUAACGAACUGAGGAACAACUCUUGCAAGCUCGCCAAAUGGACCGUACAGGCCCUGCUAGCCGGUUCCGACCAGAUCAAGUUCGGUUACGUUUCCCGCGCUCAAGUGCGUGACAACUCCCGCCAUGUCAUUCUCGGCACGCAGCAAUUCAAGCCGCACGAGUUCGCAGCUCAGAUCAACUUGUCUAUGGACAACGCGUGGGGUAUACUGCGGUGCAUCAUCGAUAUCUGCAUGAAGCAGAAGGAUGGUAAAUACCUAAUCAUGAAGGACCCCAACAAACCGCUGAUCCGCCUGUACGACAUCCCCGACAACACGUUCGAAUCGGAUGCGUCAGAGGAGAGCGGCGACGAACAAGCCGACACUCCAUUCGCACCACUCUACUCCUACGGGAACACCAAGAGAAUUUAGAACCACAACUCACGCGUUGUACUCUAAAGACAUUAUUCGUAUUUCAAGGUCGUCUCUUGUGCUCCCAAGGUCAAACUUUUUAUUGUAUAGCUGGUAUUCUGCAGUAGCCUGUCUUACAUCUUCCGAUCGUGUGGUGAUCUGUACAGGGUUGCCAUAUUUAUAUAAGAUUUCUGGUAAUCAGUAUGUAUUUCAUAUUUUUAUUCAGCCGAAUACAAUUUUAUAGUCACA